CUUACGAUAAAAUCCAGAGACCAGUAGUCCACUGUCUUCCAGUGUAAAACUCGGAUCGUCAUUUUCCCGAUCCGGUGUUUUACUCGAGUGUUUAUUCGACUCAUAUGAUCUGAUUUCGUUUUAAUCAAUUGCCUCUCUUAUCCAUUUCAAUUGUCAUGUGAUUGGAAUCUCAUUUUGCUGCUUAUUACUCACUGAAUCGCGGAAACCCUAACGUACACGUACAACUAGUAAGUUCAAAAAUUGGUUACAUCGCAUGCUCGUUAAUUGUUAUGUUCAUUUGUACCUGAUAAUGUACGGUGUACCGGAUUUUUCAUGACAAUAAGUUCAAGGUUUUUGUGUGGAAUGGAUGUAGUGAUUAUAUGAGCGAUUUAGGGAUUAGGAUUUGUCAUUUUUGUUAGUUGGUUCAAGCAAUUGGGUUUAAUUUUUCUUUUCUUCUUGAAUUGGUUGGAAACGAAGUGAUAUGAAGUUGAUAACAUGAGCGAUGGAGGAGGUGGAGAGAGUUCAAGAAUUAAUAAUUCUACAUUGAAGAAGAGGACGAAGAAAGACGAAUUUACAGAGUCACUCGCACGAAUUGCAGUGGCCCAAAUAUGUGAGAGUGUAGGGUUUCGCGGGUUUCAACAGUCCGCACUUGAUACAUUAUCUGAUAUAACCUGCAAAUAUAUUCAGGACAUUGGCAAGACGUCCAAUUUCUAUGCCAAUUUGGCAGGUAGAACGGAAAGCAACAUGUUUGAUAUAGUUCAUGGGCUAGAAGAUUUGGGGCUUUCACAGGGAUUUACAGGUGCUUCCGACAUUGAUCAUUGUUUUUCAGAAUCCGGGAUUAUAAAAGAGAUUUCUCAGUAUAUUGGUGUCUCUGAAGAAGUAGGAUUCGCGUAUUCUAUUCCCCCUUUUCCUGUAAUUAAAGAACGGCUUCCAAUACCAAGUUUCUUUCAUGCUGGAAAGACACCCCCAGUGGAUCAUAUCCCCCCUUGGUUACCCUGUUUCCCUGAUCCCAAUACGUAUACUACCUUGGCUUCAGAUAGUACUGAACAAACUGAAACAAGACAUGAUAGAGUUGACCAAGAUCAGAAGGUCAUGGGGCUGCCAUUGCUGAAUAAUCCUUUUCUUGCAUUUCCACUAGAAUGUGGAGAGAAGGAGGUUUCUUUGGUUUCUCUUCCUGCUAGACUUGUGGAAGAAGAAGUGGCCAGAAAUCAUAGUUUAUGGGCAAAACAUUUGUCUGAAUUGGGGUCAUUUGCUCCUGUGAUUCAUGGGUUUAACAGCAGAGAUGCUGAUAAUGAGGAAAGUAGGAAAGAUAUUGUUGUAGAAAGAAGUCGUUCAGUGCAAUUAAAGUUUCAAAUCAGCAAGACAUGCUCAGGAAAUUUGGAAGCCAUGUCUUGGUUUACUACAGAUGAUGAGUUGAGGGAUGACAAGAAAAGAAGAAAAGAGAAAAUUCUGAUGGAGUUGUUAGAAAAUGGAAAGCAUACUGAAAUGAUGCAGAUGUAAAUUAGGAAGAUUAACAUAGCAGGAUCGUUCCCACUAACAUGAUUUUGGAGAUGAACAGAAGACAUUCCUGGUGGCGUUCCAGGCAACCCUUGACUUGGCUGAAAUGGGAAUGGAGGGAAUGGUGGAAGCAAUGCUGGUGGCGGCAAUGAUGGUGGGGGCGGAGAUUGAAUGAGAUUUGGUUGCUGUUGGAUUGGUGGAAACGGCAGUGAAGGGAAGAAUGAUGGUGGUGGAGGUGGUGGCGGUGUGAAGAACUGAGUGAAUGUAGAUGGUGACGGCUGGAAUUGGUCAUACAUGGAAUCCGGUGGUGGCUGUAAUGGCACUGGAUCGAACAUGGAAUCAGGCGGUGGCUGAAAAUCCGGUGUGAACAUUGUAUCUGGUGGUGGUUGGGGAUCAGGAACGAACAUGGAAUCCGGUGGUGGCUGGAAUGGGAACAUUGGAAUCGCUGAAGGUGGCUGGAAUGGAAACACUGGAACCGGUGAAGGUUGUUGAAACUGGUAAGGCAAUGGUAGCCCGAAAGCAUUUGUGUCUGCUAAAUCAUUAUAGUCCAUUGUUGUUUCCGCUCCAAUAGGCGAUGGGAAUGGGGUUCCAGUUCUAAUUCCAUCGUCGGAAUUCUUGUUUCUUGUUUCCGUUUGACAUUCCCUCGGUUGUUUCCUUGGCCGGAAUGUAAAAAUCCCAGCUGAAAAAAUACGAUUUCCCGGGGUUUUUGCCUUGAGUGUAAUUGACGAUUCAGUUGAUGUGGCAACCACCGGACAAUCCGGUUGAUUACUUCUAAUCAACUUAACUGAACACUCCCUGAUUUUAUCCGUAACCGCAUAAGGCAGUUUAACUGUAAACUCGCCUUUCCAAUUCGUUUUCACUUCCUCUCGGAAUUGCGAUUCCAUUCCGCUUGCCCCAACCCCGUUCCCACCACAUUCCACCACCACCGAUGCACCUAAACACAGAAUCCAAAUCACCAUUAACCAUUAGUAAUGGGCUGUUUUUUUUUUUUUUUUUUCCUCAUCAAGUUACGAGUCUUGUGUGUAUAAAGUGGCUAAACAAGUAAUAAUGUCUGUAUGUAUGGAUAAAAUGAUUUAUAAAUAGUUCUGUUUCUUUUCUAAA